UACAACAAUUGCUGUUCUUACGACCACAACGACUGCAGCACCUUCUACAACUCAGCUCCUACGACAACCACAACAGCAACACCUACAACAACUGUAGCUACCACGACCACUCCACCUGCUGUACUUUCUACAACAAUCACAACUACAGCUCCUGCUACAACAACUGUAGCUUCUAUUUCAACCACAGCAGCUGCUCCUACGACAACCACUGCAGCUCCUACAACAACUUUAGCAUCUACUUUAACCACAGCAGCUGCCCCUACGAUAACCACUGCAGCUCCUACAACAGCAGCUUCUCCUACGACCACUACAACUCCAGAACCUACUACGACAGAACCUACUCUUACGACUGCUAUGACUGCAGAAUCUACCACGACAACCAGUGCAGCACAUUCUACAACAACUACAACAGCUAUUUCUACAACAACUGUAAAUCCUAUGACAACAAUCGUUGGUCCUACAUCAAUUAAUACUGCAGAUCCUACAACCACCACCCCAACUGGUAGUUCUCAUCCUACAACGACUACAACUGCAGCACUUACAAAAACAACCGCAAUUGUACUUCCUACCUCGACAACCAGAACUGCAACUUAUAACUCAACUUCUAUGACAUCAACUACUAGAUUCGGCACAGUGGGGUUUUUUGUUAAACUGAUAUUCAAGGUCAAAACACCAGUCCCCACUGAGGAUGAUGUCCUUGGUGCCGUCAAGAAGCAAUUGUCUCCUCAAUUCACGACCACUCAAACCACCUUCCAGAAUGCAACUUAUAUCAAACUUUCAGAUACUUCAUUUGCCAUCAACCUUGGUUUCAAAAUAACCAAUGUAACCCUGGAGUCUCUAAGUAAUAGACUCACAUUCACCAAUGAGACCUACGUCCAGAUACAGGAUUCAAUUAACACACUACUUCGUCAACUUCUCAGUGAACCAAACGGCAACCAGUUUCAAUUUCCAUCGCCGACUUCAUUGCUGAUGGCACUGAAAUCAGAGCAAACGUGACGUAUGUAUACAAAGAGGAGAUGUCAACCACCCUAGUAGUUUUCUACAGGAAGUCUUAAAAGUCUCAGGUCUCCUGACCACCACUGUUGCCCCAACAACAACUACA